AUGCCGUUCAAAGUUGUUCAAACCUUGGAGGGAAAGAAAUAUAAAUUAUUUACUAUUCCAUCGGGUUGGGAAUCUAACAAUAUUCUCAGAUAUCCAAAUAAAUGCAUAUCAAAGUAUUUAAAAGAUGAAAAUUCAACACCAACGCUAGACUGGGACGUAAUAAAAUGUAAAGUAAAACGGACCGAUGUAUUAAGCUACGAAAACGGAGAAAAGCUUGUAUCUGAAAUGCUGAAGCACAGUGAUACGGAGGACGAUGUCGAUAAUUAUACGCAGCGGCGACGUUCACAUAACAAAUCUUUAAAUCUGAAUCCAAUAGCACAAGAUAUGAUGGGCAAUAUUGUUUUGACUAACCGUAACACAGACAUAGCGUCAUCGUCCGCUGACUUGCCGAUUGAAUUAAACUAUAACUUAGUUUAUACCGAGGAUAUUCAAGCAAAUUCAACAAAUACAUCUCAAGUCUUUUCAAAUGAUACUACACCUUUAGUACAGGAUUCAGUAAGCUUUGACAUCAGUAAAAUGUUUGAGAACCAAAAACAAAUAUUAGAUAACCAAGCAACUAUUCUAAGCCAAAUUUAUCAAAAUCGACAGCAGCAACUGGAUAAUAACUCGGCAAUUAUCGCCCAGAUUCAGUCUCCAAAAAAAUGUGCAAAAUAG